GCAGUAUACGACCCGUUGCUCAUGCAUGGAUUGAUAUUUUUUCGAGCGAGUAUGCCUGGCCUGGAUGCGAUCAUCAAUUGCGAGGCUCAGAGUCCAUGGGAACCGUUCAGGCCGAAUCUGAGCCUUUACCCAGCGUCGAAGUUCCAAGCUAUAUAACCGUCUCAGCAGACAAUCGCCACGUCGUUCGUUCUCUCCCGUCCGCACCAUAUGGAUCUCAGACACUCACAACACCGGUAUAUCCUCCAUGAUCCUACCCGGUGAUAUCCUCAUUCACGCCGGUGACCUUACCCAUUCCGGCACUCCUCGUGAGCUCCAAGACACCUUCGACUGGCUAGUCUCCCUUCUACGUGAGCACAAAAUCGCUAUAGCUGGUAAUCACGAUACGUACCUUCAAAAGGACGAAGGCCAUUUAUGGGCCCACUCAUGGCGAGAGCAUGGCAUCAUCUAUCUGGAGGACGAGGCCCACACUAUUCAAGUGCGCGGUUACGAACUCAAAAUCUUUGGCAAUGGCAGCCCGUUCACUCCGCAGCACGGCAAUGGCGUUUUCCAAUACCCACGUCCGGAUACCACUGACAUCCCAAGCCGUUGGUCUAUCAUUCUUGACGACACCGAUAUUCUCAUCACUUACGGUCCUCCGUACGAUCAUCUCGACCUCUCUGGACUUGGUCGCAAAGCCCUACUUGCACGCAUGUGGGAAAUUCGUAGGACACACCCGCCAGUUUUUUUAUCUGUUUGGACACAUUCAUGGCGGUCGUGGGGUCGUAGAUCUGCUCUGGAACCCUGCUCAGUCGAUAUGGGAGGACAUUGUGCACAAGAAAGGGGGUUGGCUCUACACCAUGCGCCUGUUAUGGGCGAUGCUUUUUCUGUGAUAGGAGGUCUGCGAGACCAUGAUGUACGGCCUCCUGUAGUCGUUGAUAUAUAAGAUCUCUCGACGUCUUGUGCGAGCUGAUGCGCUUACCGGAACUAGCGAACAUCAACAUCAAGCAUGUCGGUGACGAAGAUGACGCUGGAUUCCUGUCUGCAGUGACGACUUCCCGAAACCGAACAGUCGGCGAUAUAUACUCACUCGGCUGUAUCAUGUACAGGUCUUCUCAUUUAUUUUGCCUUCAGGUGGUUUAGACUUAUU